AUGGUCGUUCCCACAUGUGUUUUGGAUAACUGGCAGGACUUGAGAGUGCUGGGUAUUUAUAUCGUAUUCGUAGGAUGUUUUCCAUCCUUGAUUGUCUCACUCUAUCAGAUCUAUUGGGUUCAUAUUUCGGAAACUAAUUUGGAAGAAGAGUGUGAGAUGGAACAUCUUGAGAAUGGGACUGAAUUUGCUGUUAUAAAAUCUAAAUAUUCGAAAGUUCGAACUCCCCGGGUCAAAAAAAUGGAGAAGCUAAGGGGGCGAUCUUUUAUUGUCAAAAAGUUGAAGAAGAACCCAACGGGCUUAUUGAAGAAGAAAAGGAAACUGAGCGUUUGA